UCAUAAACAUACAGAAAACCUAAACUACGGGCAGUGUAUACUUGACCCUGCGACAUGUUGAUAAAAUGCUCUUCGCUCAGCUUAUCUCAGAGCUUUGCGUUAUUUAGUGCAAACACUGAUAUCGUAUAUGAAGAAUGUUAAGAUAAAGCUGUGAUGGGAUUUUUAUACCUGAACUCAAAAGUUUAAUUUUUGCAGCUUUUAGAAGGAAAUGAGUGCAUCGGGGUUCAGGACAAAGAUAUUUAGUGAUACUCCUAGCUCACUAUGACAAAUAAACAAGUGAAGAUGAAACCGACGGUUAGAGAUAGAGGAUAUGCCUGGGUGAUCGUGGUAGCCGCUUUCUUCCUUCAAGCUAUCCAGGAUGGUGUGCGUUUCUCGUACGGUCUUUACUUUGUCGAGUUCCUGAACGAAUUCAAUAAAGGCAAAGGCCAGACUGCAUGGGUUGGCAGCAUCAUGCUUAGUGUGUUUAAUCUUGGAGGUCCCAUCUCGGCAUACAUCGUUAACAGGUUUGGAUACCGAAUUGGUACAAUGGCAGGUUCACUUAUCACAACUGUGGCAUUCCUGCUGAGUUAUUUUACACCUAAUCUCUACUACCUGUAUUUUACUUUCGGUGCACUACAAGGGUUCGGUUUUGGAAUGGUGUUUCUGUCUGGAUAUGUUGCUACUGGGAAAUAUUUCAAAAAGAGAAGAGCGUUGGCUGUAGGGAUUACUUUUUGUGGCGGAGGGAUAGGAACAUUUGUUUUCCUUCCUGUUGCACGGUUGAUAAUUGAUACCUUUGGAUGGAGAGGGUCAAUGUUUAUUUUAGCAGGCGUGACAUUAAAUGAGUGUGUUUGCGCGUCUUUAUUACGACCGUUUGUAGAAGGAGACGCAGAAGUAAAUGAAGCAGAAGUAGAGGAAGACUCUAAGAAUAAACAGCAAACCCAUACAAACCAAGAAGUAUCAGAUGGAAAUGCUGAAACAGCACAAAGUAUCCCCUUGCUUCCCAUGACAACUGAUAUUGAUGCAGAAACCGGCAGUUCAGUUUCAAAAUCAAAUGAGCAUCCUGUCUGUUCAAGAAGUUUUCCUGAUGUCCGUUCAGUUAAUGUAUGCCCCGAUACAACAGAAACUAGAUAUUGUGGUUCAAACAGAAGUUUGAAUAUGACUAUAAUAACUAACAGUGCUAAUAAAGACCGUACAUCUUCUACACAUAUCGCGGGUUGUGACGCAAGGACUGAAAAUGACACAUCGGUACCAUUAACACAUGACAAAGACACGUGCAAUAUGGAGAGCAGGGAACUAAAUGGCAAAACUAAAAAUGACAAGUUUAAAAAUACAUUCAUAGAAAACCUUUUCCCCAAAGAGUUAGUGACAAAUAGUAAUUUCAUUGUUCUAAUGUUGUCGACCGUGUUCAUAGCUAUACCAGAAUUCGUACCAUACAGCAUGUUGCCUGAUUUUGCACUGACCGUCAAAUGUAGUUCAUCACAGAGUGCUUGGAUGCUGUCAGCAGUCGGAAUUGGAGCAACCAUAAGUCAAGUUGGUGCCGGAUGGUUAGCAGAUAUGAAAUGUGUCCAUAAUCUGAGUCUUCUGGGUGGUUCCAUUUUAUCAAUCGGCGUGACGACAAUGAUUGUUACUGUGAUCCCGAUGUUUGAGACGCUUAUUACGUAUUCAGUAAUGUACGGCAUGUUGUCAGGGGCAAUGUACAGCGUCCAGCCGAUUGUAUUAUUGGAAUAUAUUGACGAAAAACACAUGGCGACAAUGCACGGGUUGACAAUGUGGGUGUAUGGUAUAUCGGGACUUAUUGGUAGCCCAGCUGCAGGUUGGCUGUUUGAUGCUACGGGGAAUUAUACAUUAAGUUUUCUUGCGGCCGGAGCAUGUUUCGUGGUCAGCGGAAGUGUCAAUUUUCUUGUCUUGGUUACAAGACGUAGUAGGAAAGCCAGACAACGGAAGAAGCAGAAAUCAGAAACAUGAAAGACUGCUGUCUGUGAAAAGUACAUGGAAAGUUUUCACACAGUGCUAGGCAUGUAUUCAUCAUGAGAACCGAUCAGUCAGAUAGAAUACGAGCGCAGCGAACAAUGAUUGAUUGUUAUUGUGUUUACAUCAAUGACCUAUGCCUGCCAGUCAACACGUCUGUUUAUUAGAAUGAGAUGGCGAUAGAUUAUUAAAAAGUUAGGAUUGUAUUCGGAUCUAAUGUAUUAUUCUUAUAUAAACGUGUUUGUGACUGCGAACGUAUCUAGUCGUCGACAUGAUUAAAUGACUCCUUAUAUAAAGUGACGAUCGGAGUUUGUGCUAUUAUAUAAUCGGUCUGUUCUUCAACAAUAAAUUUUGCUGGGCUGAAAUCAAAACUUGAAAAAAAUCACCUUUCAGUAUUUCUGAUGUCAUGUAAUAAAAGACUUAUUGAAUGGCUUGCCAGUCAGUAAUCAAAAUACUA